GAAUACGUAAAGCACGACUUUAGUUUAAUAGCUAAUGCAGGUUUGGGUGACAGACUGCAUUUGCUAUACUGGUUGGUUACAGAAGGCAAAGGGCAUUAGAACAUCUUACAAUUUACAGUACCUGCUUAAACUGGACCUUGGAUUAUGUGUGUGUGUGUGGCCUUGUCAGUUGAGGAAGGAAUGCUAUACUGGGGAGUGAACAAUUAUUUUUCCAUCUGGCAUACAUGCUAUGCUUUUGCUUCUCUCCGAUUAUCUAGUUUCUCGUUUGCUACCUUUCAGCAUUUGUAUUGGUGUAAACAAUGCUGUGCUAUAGAGUAUUCUGCUGAAGUUGCAUGCCUGCUUGUGAAAGUGCAUUUACAUAGCUUUUGACAUCUAUUCUUAAGUACACUGUCUGUUUGCGCCCGUGUGUGAUUAAAAAUUAGUUUACAUACCCAUCCUUUGUUAAAAGGUUCCUGACGGCAUUGAAACCUGCCAUGUAUCAACGCUUGCUGACACACUCUUUAACAGCCUGUAGUGUUAGCUCUCUCUCAUUAUCUGUUGCUAGAGGUAGCACCCAUAAUGUUAUCAUUACAUUCAUAUUCCCACCCAUAAAUGCAUGUUAUUUGAGAUUUGCUUUUAAUGUAUCUUAUAGCCGCACUUCGUGUAGGAUAGUUCCAUUUACAUGAUUACUUUAUCACACACACAGUGAAAGAGAGAGUGAGUUUGUGUCACAAAAGGCAGUAACGCCUGAGAGAAGAACAAUAUAUGCCACAGGGAAGGGAAAAAGAGGGGAAAGAGAGGAGUGGGAGGCCAGAUCCUACUGACGGGCUAGUAUUUAAUUAACUGUGAUUUUACGACUUUGUGUGGGUCCCAGUUACUCAGUGUGGGAGAACGGUAAAAAGGGAGAGUGCGAAGGAGAUAGAGUUGACUACAAACAGAACCCAUGGAGGGAAAGAGUAGCGUUGGGUGAGGUUAUGAGUAAGAGUUUUGCUAAGCAUUCGAGUGCAAGUUAUGGGAGUAGGACCUUGUGGCACUUCCUUCGGAUGCCUCCUUAGGUUGUACCAGUUUUUCAAGUCCUGUUUUUUUUUUUUAACUGUAUGAAAGUUGUUACAACAUUGUUCUAGGCUGAGAGGUGACCAAUGAACUGACAGAGAAACCGAGUGAUCAGAAUAAGAGAAGGAGUAGUAAAAGUGGAGGAUAGAAAGAGAGAAGAUAAUUGUGUGAAAAAGAGUCAAGAGAAGUUUAUAAUAUGACCAGAUCAAUUGAGUGUCUUUAGAUGCACUUGAAGAGGCUUUGGAGUGGUUUCUACAUUGGCUGUUAGUUACCUAUGUUAUGAAGCAGCACGGUGGGGGAUAGCUGAAAAUAUUUUAUUACAACUUGCAGAACAAGGGACUCAUAUCUGGCAGGUUAUUUUCCAUCAGUACACAGCCUGACACUUGUAGGUGUUCUAUUCAUUUAUUGUUAGAGUAUCUAGGAGGAUCCAAGGACCUCUGCCUUUUGAUACUGCGCCUAAUUGCCUUUGGACACUUUUGAGGACCGUUUGCCGAGGAGAAUUGAUUAUGGCCAGUUUCCUGUACUUUAUCCUUCCGGCCCUAGGGGGCUACACCCUGACAUCGCUCUACCUGUUGAAGAACCCUCAGAUCCUCCACAAGAAGAAACGGGCUGCCUUCCACUGCACCCACAUCUCACACAGAGGAGGAAGCGGCGAGAGGAUAGAGAGCACCAUGGAGGCCUUCACACAUGCGGUGGAGCAGGGUACAGGAAUGCUGGAGCUGGACUGUCACCUGACCCAGGAUGGUCAUGUGGUCGUGUCACAUGACGAAAACCUCCUGAGGCAGACCGGCCAUGAUGUCACCAUCUCCUCCCUAAACCUAGAGGACUUACCCUUGUAUAAGGACAGACUGGAGGUCACAUUUAAUGCAGGCCACUACAGCACCGGUACAGACAGGAAGUUCACCCUGUUGGAGGAAGUGUUCAGGAAGUUCCCUAAGAUGCCAGUCAACAUCGAAAUCAAAGAAGACAACACCUUGCUGAUGGAAAAAACGUCCAACAUGGUGAAACAGUAUGAUAGAGAGGACCUCACAGUGUGGGCGACUGUAGACUCUACCAUUAUGAAAAAGUGCCGCAGAUCUAACUCCACCAUGCCCUAUAGUUUCAGUAUGAGACGAGGGCUGCAGCUGCUCCUCCUCUACUACAGCGGCCUGCUGCCCUUUGUUCCGCUGGGAGAGAGCUUCCUGCAGUUCUACCUGCCCCGCAUCAUUAAUAGAACAUAUAUUCCUGAGGAGAGUCUUCUGAAGAACAGAAUGGUCAUCUAUCUGAUAGAAAAAUUAACGAUGAGGAAGAGUCUAUUCAAACAUCUGGCCAACAGAGGAAUUCAGGUGCACCUGUUCGUCUGCAACGAGGAUCCUGACAUUGAGGCGGCGUUCGAAGCAGGAGCCACGGGCGUCAUGACAGACUACCCCACCCUCCUGACUGACUACCUACACAGACACAGGAGUCAAGACUGACAGCCCAAACCUCCAAUCAAACUACUAAUUCACAAACAGGUUCUUAACUGACAGCUCGAGCUACCUAUCAAGAGACCUCCACUCGUACAUUGUGUAUCACUGAAAGAACCACACUGAAAUCGCAAUUUUCCUUCACAACUCCGGUCUCCACCAAUGAGCAGAAGGACAGCUCUGUGAGGAAGUUGCCCUAAAAAGCACAGAUCCAAGACCAGCGCAACUUUCCGAAAUCCCAACCUUAACCAAUAGAGGGAAAAACACAUAACCAAUCUCUGAUCAAUGUCUUUAGGCAACUUCAUUCCAUCUACACAAAAGUAUGUCACUUACACUUACUGUCUUUUGGUUAAUGGAUUGUGGCCAUAUAUUGAGACACUGUUCACCUCUCUCUGCAACCUUCCCAAACACUAAUGGAUCUAUCAGUGAAUGUCUGGAUGUUGUUGGGAGGAGAAGUGAUUUCUUUAAGUAUAUAUCCUUGAUGUUCUCUCAUGGUAUUAUGACAUUUACAUAAUGGAACUGGCUUUUGGGGUAUUUAUGACAUGCUAUACAAAUUGUAUGUUUAUCAAUGCAAAGAUGAUUUAAAAUAAACACUUGUAUAGUUAA